AUGACUCAAAAAGUCUGGCCACAUCCAAUUUAUGCUGUAGUCUUCGACAAUGAUGGUCUUUUGCUCGAUACAGAGCCAAUAUACGCAAAAAUUCAUCAAGAACUCACUGGCCACUUCCUUAAUUGGGAUUUCAGGAAGAAGUUGAUGGGAUUAACAGGUCCAGAUGCGUGCAAACUUAUUGUUAAGGAGUAUGGACUCCCAUACACCUGGGAAGAAUACAUUAAAAUCCGUGAUGAAGCACUUUGCAAAGUAUUUCCUACAGCCAAGCUAUUUCCUGGCGCAAAAGAGUUAGUACAGAAAUUCAUUGACCGCAAGAUCCCAAUGGCCCUUGCAACAAGCUCAAACAGAGGAAAUUACGUUUACAAGAUUGUAAAUCACAAAGAAUUUUACGAUCAGUUCCCAGCAAUCACAUGUGGUGAUGAAGUUUCUCAUGGUAAACCAAAUCCAGAGAUUUUCCUCACUUCUAUGAAGAAACUUGGAUUUAUCAAGCCAGAAAACAUAUUGGUCUUCGAGGAUGCACCAAAUGGUGUUAAAGGAGCAAACAAUGCUGGAAUGGCAGUUGUUAUGGUUCCAGAUCCAGAAUUACCAAUGCCUUCUUCGAUCGAAGAAGUUGAUGCGCAUCCAACAGUUAUUAUCAAGUCAUUGAACGAUUUCAACUUCGAUGCAUUCGAAUGGGGUCAAAAAUAA